GAGUCAAGGCUUGGAUUAUUACGGUGACUUUCCUCGAUAUCCACCGUUGAAGCCUAUACUCGAUUGUUAUAUCCAUGGCUCCCGCAUCAUGUGCGCUCUGCAAAAUGUCAAAAGCCAUUCUGAAACGACCUAAAACCGGACAGCAGAUAUGCAAAGAUUGUUUCUUCUAUGUAUUUGAGACGGAAGUCCAUCACACUAUCACCACAGCAAAGUUAUUCAAGCAAGGAGAUAAAGUAGCCAUAGGAGCAUCCGGUGGUAAAGACUCAACCGUGCUGGCUCAUGUCAUGAAAACUCUUAAUGAUCGUUAUCAAUACGGCCUUGAAUUAUUCUUAUUGUCUAUAGAUGAGGGGAUAACAGGAUAUAGAGAUGACUCUCUGGAGACCGUGAAACGGAACCAACAACAAUACGAUAUGCCCCUGAAAAUAUUGUCAUAUGACGAACUCUAUGGCUGGACGAUGGAUGCCAUAGUCUCUCAGAUAGGCAAAAAGAAUAACUGCACAUUUUGUGGUGUAUUCCGACGACAGGCUCUGGAUAGAGGAGCUGCAAUGCUCGACGUCGAUCAUAUCGUAACGGGUCAUAACGCAGAUGACAUCGCAGAAACCGUACUUAUGAACAUUAUGCGCGGCGAUAUCGCACGAUUAGGACGAUGUACCAUGAUCUGUACACAAGGGGAAGACACGAUCAAACGGUCCAAACCUUUUAAGUACGCUUAUGAGAAAGAAAUUGUCAUGUAUGCAUACUUUAAAAAACUAGAUUAUUUCUCGACGGAGUGUAUAUAUUCACCAGAUGCUUAUCGCGGACAUGCACGAGCAUUCCUUAAGGAUCUGGAGGCUGCAAGGCCAAGUGCGAUCAUCGACAUCAUCCACUCCGGGGAAGCAUUUGAGGUUAGGGAGGAGGUAAAGGCGGCCCAGAAGACUCAACAAACAUGUAUAAGAUGUGGAUAUAUGUCAAGCAAUGAACUCUGCAAGGCUUGUACGCUGUUAGAAGGGUUAGAGAGAGGAAUGGCAAAUUCUGCUAUCACCGAACGUGCACGCAAGAAAAUGGAGGCCUCCGGUCCUGCUCCAAAUAAUAUGCGCUCAAUCCCGUUCUUCCAAUCGUCACAGCCAAUACUCGCUGUAGAGGCUCCAUCAUAACAUUUUGUUCGAGAAUUGCUUCACCCAUUGAUAUUAACUUAUUCAUUUUAUCAGUUUCGUUCUAUAUUCGAUGUAUGAAGGUGUAUCCAUUAUAAAAACCCUAGUAGAACUACGUUCCAGUGUAACCUCAUCUUCCACUAACAUUAUGAUAAAGAAUAAGGGUAUGUACCAACUAGAUAACAUAGAUAACCAUCAAUUUUCCGACUGGUCAAGUGGUAAUGGUCUGCCUUUCGCAUCACAGAAUUUUUGAAGCAGUUGCUCGCAGUUCUCCAACAAUUUAGUAGUUUGUUCCUCUUCGUCCUUCGACAGUAAGAUUUUGGCGGCCCUGACACGCUCUCGCCCUAGUCGGUCCGUUUCAGAAACAUAUUUGAAGCCAGCUUCUGGUUCUGAUGGUAUUGCAGAUCCCUCAGAUGAAGCUAUUGCACCGACG